GCGUAUAAUUCUGUAUAUACUGUAAGAUAACCGACAUUAAGGGUACUAUUUUGCGUUGAAGAAUUUGAAGGAAAGUCUCACAGCUUUGAAUUUGGUCUACGAAAAACUUUGUACUUCACUUUGAAAAUGAGUAGUUCUGAAGAGGUGUCCUGGAUUUCCUGGUUUUGUGGUCUGAGAGGAAAUGAGUUCUUUUGCGAAGUUGACGAAGACUACAUACAGGAUAAAUUCAACCUGACUGGACUAAAUGAGCAGGUGCCCCACUACAGACAGGCCUUAGACAUGAUUUUAGACCUAGAACCUGAUGAUGAACUUGAAGACAAUCCCAAUCAAAGUGACCUCAUAGAGCAGGCUGCUGAGAUGUUGUACGGCCUGAUACAUGCCCGCUACAUCAUGACCAAUAGGGGCAUAGCACAGAUGAUUGAAAAAUGGCAACAGGGAGAUUUUGGAUACUGUCCGAGAGUUUACUGUGAAAACCAAGCAAUGUUACCAAUAGGUUUGUCGGAUGUACCUGGUGAGGCGAUGGUGAAGCUCUACUGUCCAAAGUGUCAGGAUGUUUACACACCAAAGUCCUCCCGCCAUCAUCACACAGACGGGUCUUACUUUGGCACAGGCUUCCCUCACAUGUUGUUUAUGGUCCAUCCAGAGUACAGACCAAAGCGACCUGCCAACCAGUUUGUCCCAAGACUUUAUGGCUUUAAGAUACACCCUCUGGCUUACAACCUACAGAACCAAGCAGCGGCCAACUUUAAAAUGCCAAUGAGGGGACUGGGGCAUAACAACAGUAAACGCUGACUCAUGUAACCACUUCCAGUUAGACACCGCAUUGAAUUAAUGAAUUUAUUUAUGAAGUUACCAGUUCUCCAUAAGGGAGAGGGGUAUAACAUUCAGUCAAAGAGACACUGCAUCUAUUACAAGUAUUUAUGAAGUUAUCACUUUGCCUAGAGGUAGUGAUAUUUAUGUAACACAUGUGUGACAGAUGAAGCGUGAUAAGCAUGUAACCAGUGUUGCGAGGUUAUCAUUACACUGUCCUCCUUUUAAAUUUGUUUCUGAUUUUAUUCGCAAUAUAAAUAUUUUUCUAGCAGUAUCGGUAACACAAUAAUUUCUAAGACAAGUACAUAGAUGUUCAGUAUAGAUAUCUGAACAUCUAUUGAAUUAUGAACAUUGACACAGCCUAAGGAAAUGUAUUGUAGUCAACUGUUGAACAAUUUCUGUGGGAGUUUGAUAUUAUUUAAUGUUUAGUGAUUUUGUCCAAGGGAAAUAUUAUUCAAUACAUCCUCAUUGUGCUUAAACCAUCUUCUUACCGAGACAAAGUGAUUGUUGUGGCUUUAAAUGUAGGGUUAUCAUUGAUAUAUAAAUUUCACAUCCUUCGCCGAGUUAACUUUUAUAAAUAUUGCUGUCCAUCAGUUACUCAUUAUGAUGAUGUUUUGACUGUCAGUUUUCAGGUUAGUAGAACUGCAUAGGUUGUGUUUUCAAAUCUUGUCAAGAUCAUUGACUCAAUUAAUUUACAUCUGUAACAAAUCUAUACUAAUAGAUUAUAAUAUUAAAACAUAAACCAUGGUGAGUAUGGUAUGGAGUUGUAUGCAACUUCAAAUAUGUACAGGACUCCAGAAAUUAGACAACUAUUACAUCUGCUUUUAUCUUUAGGCAAGAUUAUGUGUUGAAUUUUCAAGAAAACAUUUUUUGUGGGUUUUAGUUGACUUAAUGUUGAUUCUGUUUGUAACCCAAAUAAAUUGCUGUUGCUUUCACAGGUAACUUAACCUUGAUGGGGAAAAAGGCAUUAACUGGGGUGAAAUUAUCUUUAUUCCCAAGAUGUUAUAAUUCUUAAAACAUUGAUUGACACUAUCACAUAUUAAAAUACCAUGUAGUUGGUAGUUUUGUUAUACAUCUGUGUUUAUAUGUGAAGAUAUCCAUAUUUAUCUGGCAAUAUGCCUAUGCCUGGUAAUAUGCCCACCCAUAUUUGUUACAGUUCAGUAGAUAUGUCAACAAAUGCUAUUUUAUUGCCCUGUAAUAAGCCCACCCCCUGCUUGGAGUCUGAGAAUCUGUGAAGGCCCCUGGGCUUAUUGCAAGGUAAAUAUGGGACUUGUAUUUGAGUGAAUUUUGUGUAAACUUUGAUGUCUGUAUUUUUGCAACAUGUUGUAAAUAGUGUUUUACCUGUUUAGUAACAGCUAAUUUUAAAAAGUCAAUUCUGUGGCAAUCAGUUUGUGUGAGAAGAGUUGUCUGCCUGGGAACAUUAAGAUAUCAAGUAGGCAUAUACUCCAAUGUGUACUGGCAGUAGUAGCCAAUAUCCUACAUGGGGUUGUUACUAUAAAUAGAGUAUAUGAUACUCACUGAUAGUAUACUGAUGAUGGGUGCCUAGCUGUAGCAGUACAGUACUGCUGGCUUGUAUUCCGUGCUGAACAUUACAUCUUUGUAUAUCAUCGAUGUGUUGUACAUUCACGAUUUUUACGGCUGUUCAACUGUGAGUAUUAAUACAGUAAAUGACAGGCUCUGGUAAUAUACAGACACCAGUCUACUGUGAAAGUUUAAUUCAACAGCAUUAAUUGAAUAACAUAAAACGAUGGAAGCAAGUGGUUAUUGUUUAUUAUGGGGAGGGGACUAAUAGACUGUUUUUGUUUAAGAAACUUAAAUAAAAUAAAAAUGAUGAAUGAAUAUUCUUUAAGUGCUCAUAUCUCAACCAUAUGACUGAGGGGAUAUCUGAUGUUAUUUUUGAACAUGUUCCCAACUGUAUUCAGGUGACCAAACAAAGCCUGUCAAACACAGAACAAUAAGUAGGUGUUGUAAGGCUGUUACUAAGUCAGUUUCCUGCUACUAAGUCAGUUUCCUGCUACUGGUGAUAUAUACGUCUGUGUGUGAUGAGACAAUAUAACGUAUUUAUAGGUAGUUUAAGUAUCAUACCGUAGAUAUCGGUCAUGUACAUCAUAUAUAACAGAUAUAGUGACUGAACUAACCCAGCUGUCAUCCCACUCUCGGUAAGCAAGGAUGACGGGUAUUAGUGUAUCAUUUUGUGUGUAGAUGUUCUGAAAUAUUAAGUGCUGUAUAUAAAACCAUGUCUCUAGAAACAGGUAAAUAAAGUCUGUUUCAUUUUGUAACAAAAAA